AUGUUAUAUUGCUUAAUAAUAUCUUUCAACAUAUUACAAAAUUACAUCACUAGAUGGACAGAAUCCCCUGCAUGUUGGGAACCCGACGGACCCCUUUUCAACGCAGUGCUAGCUCUUCACCUUUGGGUGCCAACUGAAUGGCGCCGUAGGCGCAUCCAUAUUUUGCGUCGUCUUCUUUGUGCUCUACAUGGUCGUUGGAAAUCUGCUCCGACAACUAGCGUCAUUUCAGUAACCGCAAUAUCUGGGAGUCGUGCUCCGGCUACCACAGCUUCCGUUAGCUCUGGCGAAGCAGAGCCACCAACUGAUAGCCCUGAAACCGGCCAGCAGCCUGUGCCUGCAGAAAGCGGCGAGGAAGCAGGCAUCAUUACUGCACUCGGUUCUGAGCCUCAAAAUGCAGAAGUCCUAAGUCAUUCGACAGGCGAGGCGGCCGAUUUUGCCAUAAUCAAACCCUAUCUUAUCUAUAUGGGAAUCAUAGACGCCAUUUAUAAAUACCUCUUCAAAGUGAGUUGCCUGCUUUCCUUCGUUUUAAACAAUUCUUUCGUUUAA